UAUUAUCUAAUGAAAUGAAUAACUUUCAACAUUAAAGCUGAUCUAAGCAUCCAAACACGUUUUGGGGCCACUGUAUGUCUUCAAGGAGAAGCAUACUGUAAGCGACUGUAAUAUGGAAGCAUGCAGAGGGACUGACAGCUCACUGAAGGGGGCGUGGCGCGGGCUGCUCAAUGGGCUCGUGCCGGAUAGCGUGGCGCGCGGCGCUUGCGCUCAGCGAAGCAGCGUGUCCUGCGCGAGAUUGCAGCUCUGCCAGUGCCAUCCGCGGGACGAGAGGAGAGACACGUCCCAGCAUCCGACAGACCUGCCUCUCCGGACCUAAAUGCUACAAAGCAAUCGGGCUUCUGAGUCAUCGUGGACUAAUAGAUGGAGAAGAAACGGGCGCGCUGUCAGAUGACAUUGAGCCCAGAGUUUUCUCCUUUGGCACAGAGAACAGAAUAUUCAGACUGACCCAGAUGGAGUACAAGGAAUUCAAAUCUGGAUCAAAGUGGAUCAUCAUAAAGCAUCUGCAGAAUAAGGCAACUUGAGAACAUUCAUGGAAAAACAUAAUUGCCAUGGAUUUCCAAGGACAAGAAAGAACAAGAAACAGAAGAGGCAGAAUUUCACCUAACUGAAAAAAAACCUGAAAAAAUUGUAUAAUUGUAAAGAAUUUUGCGUUUCAUAUUAUUCCUUUGAAGAAGCUCUUCCCACAUCAAGCAAUAAUGUUUACAGAAUGCCCCAAAACUGUACAAUCCAUUCAUAUGUUAUAUGGAACAAAAAAUUAUGCGAUGCUCUGAAUGGACAUAAAUGAAUUGAUUGUUCAUACAGUCUGGAAUAAACAGUACCUUAAGCUUUCAUCUCAUUUUAUGGAGGCCUUGCAUAGCCAGUUGACCACAGGGGAGCAAUCUGGAUGUUUAGAAAAUCAGAAUGAGACUCCAGUGGAAAGCCCCCAGCCACAUUCAGUCCCACAGUAUCAUGAACAGAACAAGGUUGUCACCGAGCAGCAACAUGCACAACAGCAAAAACAACAGAAUCUUAAUAUUGAGAGAAAACGUCUCCGAAUACAGAGGAAAACUGCUCAGGAGACAGAAACUGUAAAACAUGAAAUGUCAUCGAGAACUUCUGAAUUUCUUGACACUAACAUGAGGCAGCCUAGUGAAAUGCCAUCUGGAGCUGCCUCCUCAGCAGUAUCAGCUACACCAUCCUGUUCCACGGAUGAGGCCCUGGAAGGUACACCCAGACAAAAACGUGAGCGUAAACCUCAAAAGCCCGGAAAGUAUGUGUGCUCAUACUGUGGUCGGGCUUGUGCUAAGCCUAGUGUGCUUCAGAAACAUAUUCGAUCCCACACUGGAGAGAGACCUUACCCCUGUGCACCAUGUGGGUUCUCCUUCAAGACUAAAAGUAACCUUUACAAACACAGAAAGUCCCACACUCAUAGGGUGAAAGCUGGUCUGACUGCAGAAACGGAGGGACCAGGUAUAAGUUGUUCAGAGGAGCCACUUACAGAAUCAGAUGAAGAAAGACAACGAUCUUCCUUUUUAGAAAAACAAAGAAUGUCCAUUGAAGAGUCAAAUGUCACAGAAAAGGGCUCUGAGGAACAGUUACAAAGUAUAGAAGACUCCCAUGCAGUUAAAAAGAGACUUGCAAUGAGACUUAGCAGAGGAAGACGAACACCUAUAGGAUCGUCUGAUGAAGCGUCCUCAUCGUUUGGUCUAAGUAGCAAAGGUAGCACAGAGUCUGGCUAUUUCUCUCGAUCUGAGAGCACAGAAGUCUCUCAAGAUAGUCCACCAAACACAAGUGCCAAAAGCUAUGCAGAGGUCAUACUUGGAAAGUUUGGUCGUCUGGGUCAUUUACAAAGGACUGCUCCUGAACAACAUGGCAAUCCUGCUGGGCAAGAAGGGAAAAGAAUUCCAUUCACUGUGCCUAAAAAGCAAGUUAUCGACCACAUAACUAAACUCAUUACCAUCAAUGAGGCUGUGGUAGACACCAGUAAGAUUGAUAGUGUCAAACCCAGAAGGUUCUCACUCUCUAGGAGAAGCAGCACAGAAGUGAAGCCAACCUCUUCUAAAGAGUCCUUUCUUUACAGUCCUAAAGAAAUAGAUCUGAGUGCAAAAUGCAGUGGUUCCAUUACUCUUGGUGUACCUUGUGAGAAAUUUCAGCACCAUUCUCUUAUUAUCCAGCAAGCUGACCCGACCACCACUGCUCCUCUUCUAAGAAGUCACUCUAUGCCCUCAGAUGCAGGUGUUAGUGAUCUGUCUGAAACUUCUCAUAGCCUUCGCCUUAGCCAAUCCUUUGACGACCAGCAACCAGUUCAGAAUCGGCGUCACGGUAUGCUAAGACGGCAACCUGCCAUUGAAUUGCCCAUAGGUGCUGAAAUGACCAUGGAGGAACAACUGUAUUCCAGCUCAACAUUUCAUCCAUCUGUUUCUACAGUGCCUCAUCCAAGCCUAAAACAAGAGACAUUUGAAUGUGAUGCAUGUGGUAUAGUUUUUUCUGACUGGGAGAGAUAUCAAACACACAAACAGCACUGCUGUACGGUUCAUAUUUCUCAACAAACUGAAAGUCAAGUCUAUCAAGUGAAAGAACCCACAAGAACAGACACAACUCGUCCUGGUGCUUUUGCAUUUAGAAAAAGAAGGAAAGAAGAGAGUAUUGAACUUGAAGAUCCUUCUUUACCCUCUGCUUCUUAUAUACCACUGAAAGGUUUUAAACAAUCAUGUGAACAGCCUGUUAAAGAGACCACUCAAGAACAUGGUACAGACGGCGCUUUGAAAGCAAUAUCUGUCAUACAGCAUACUAGUUCAUUUGAGAAACAUGAUAGUACUUUAAAAAACCCUGGACCAGAUGAGGUCUCUCACUCGCAUGAUGUCUCUCACUGUUCUCCUUACUCACAAUCAAAGCAGCAAGCAAGUAAACCAUCUUUCCGUAAACUUGUACGCCAACACAAUGUCCAAGUGCCAGAAAUCUUGGUCACUGAAGAUUCAAACACCAACACAGUGGCAGCAUCACCCCUUCCAACUGUCCCAAAAAUAAAGGACAUUGAAAAAGUCAGUGAGUUCCAAUGGCCCCAAAGAAGUACAACUUUGGCCCAACUUCCAAUUGAAAAGUUACCACCUAAAAAGAAACGUCUUCGUCUCGCAGAAGCUGCCCAGUCAUCAGGGGACUCAAGCUUUGAAUCAAUGUCCCUGCCUCAUAGUCCAAGUCAAGACAGUUGUGUGUCUCAUACCUCCAGUCGAUCAACUUCAUUUGAAGAGACUUGCAAAGGUGAUGCAGACACGACGCCAACUAGGAAAUCAAGAGCCACUCAUACUUUGACAAUUCCCACAAAUUCUCACCGAGAAAUGAGGCGCUCUGCAUCUGAGCAGGCGCCCCAUGUACCUCAACAUGCUAACCUUAUUAUGGAAACUCGCAGUAGGUCAUUCGACUACAGUAUUUUGUCUCCAGAUCAAACCACUGCAGGAUGGAAAGAAAGGCGGAAAUGCCUUCUAAUGAGGCAUAGUGCAGUGAGGGAACCUGAGGAGGAAGACCAACCUUCUAAAGCCAUCAGCACCAGUUCUCCCACUCUAAGGAAUAACACAUUGCCUAGCUAUAGCCCAGGCACCUCCUACAGUCAAACCACCACCCAUCUUGUGACUUUAAGCAAUACUGUACACUCAUUUGGUGAGAAGCAGGUCAUGCAAUUACAGCAUGUUUUAUCAGAGAAUACCCAGCAGAAUGCAUUGCAGUUGACCCCAAUGAUACACACUGAUCAGCCCACAACAGUGGGAAGUCUUCUUUGUCCAUCAGGUGCUGCCAGAGCUCACUAUUCUUCAAUGUCGACAGGCCUUAAGCUUGAAAUUCCACUAGAGAAUGAACUGGUGAAUUCUGAUACAAGGGUCAACCAACCAUACCUCACUCAUUAUCACCAUCAGAAUCUUGGUUUUGAUGUUACUUCAAACCCAGAACCAAUGAGACCUUUACCAGCUCAGAUAAUUCCAGUCCGUAUCAAUUCACACCUUCCUCAUUAUGCAGGCUCAAUUUACACUACAGUUUCACAAACAUUUACCGCAAGGCCUUGGGAACCUUGCUGCUCUGGAGUCGGUUCAGUUCCAGGGGUUUCAAACCUUGAGAUCAUGCACCAACAACCAAUAUCUGAUGGAUCCAAAUCAGCAAGUGCUGGCACAACCAAACGUGUGCUGUCCCCCACGAGCGGUGAGGAGCUCAUCCCAGAAAGUGAACAACAACAAAAACGAGUGAAAGAGGAGGAGGACAAUUGGGAAAAUGAAAGUAGAAAUAAUAAAGUUUUGAUCGAAUGCAAGAAGGAAGAAAGACUUGGUGAGCAAAGUGUCAUCUUCCCUAUAGAACAAAAAGAACCUUCAUUUCCGACUCUUAACACUAACCUUAAUUUUAGCUGGUGCUAUCUAAACUAUAUUAAGCCCAAUCCAUCCAUACAGAGUGAACAACAAAACUCAGUCUAUUCCUCAUGGAGUACAAGUACCCGCAACCCAUACCCUCCUGGCCUGACAAGCAAGGACAUGCUAGCCUUGUUGCACUGCAGGCAGAGACAGGAAGGACUCAUCUACACCAUGGCGGACAUGUCACCUUCGCUGGACAGGAAACAAGAAACACCUGACUCCCAAAAGCCUAACGUGACUGAGGUACAUGCCACCCAGCCCACAGAACCGAAAGAAACCCAGCAAACUGAGUUGACCGAGGUAGAAAAGAAAACAUCAGAGGAGAAGGAAGAUCAACUAUUUACCUCCAAAUACAGCUCACGGGUUCAGAUUUGUGAGGGAGGCUACAGGUCGAGUGAGGAGUACGUGUAUGUCCGGGGCCGUGGGAGGGGCAGAUAUGUAUGUGAAGAGUGUGGAAUACGCUGUAAGAAACCCAGCAUGCUGCGCAAACACAUACGGCUGCACACGGACGCUCGGCCCUACGUCUGCCAGCACUGCAACAUCGCCUUCAAAACCAAAGGGAAUCUAACUAAACAUAUGAAGUCAAAGGCUCAUGGGAAGAGAUGUCCAGAGGGAACUGCUCCAGGACCGGUCCAGUGUGAACUUGAGACAGAUGAGGGAGGAGACAGUGAUAAGCAUCUCCUCGAGACGGAACUAGUGGAGGAGCAUCAGUUCUCAGAUGCAGAGGAGACAGAUGAGGACGAGCCUGAAGAUAUUGAUGAAGGUGAUGAGCAAGGUGCACCUAAGACCCUGUCUCUGUCCAGAGACCCUCCUGGCUCCUGUGGCGUCUCAGGCCUGUCAAACCCAGGCUGGGAGCAGCAUCCCAAACUGCCUGUCAGCAUGAGCCCCCGCAAACCGAGCCACUACAGAGAAGCCUCCUCUCCUAAGACCACCAAGUCUGUCAUAACCCUUCCACUCCUCGAACCCUCCACAGGGAAGUGCUCGUCCCCCAUCCGCAGUCUGUCUCCUGGCCUGCAAAUGUCCCCUGCUUUACCGCAGUCUCCUGGACAUUGUCCCUCGCCGAGACUCAGUUUCUCUCUAGCAUCCUGCCUGUCCUCUUUGUCUCCUUCAAACCGCCAAGCCUCGUCUUUCCCAGAGAGACGUGUGUCCCCCAUUAGAGCCCUGUCCCCCAAACAACCUGCGUCUCCCAGCUGUCCACAUGCACUGACCGUCGGGGCCAGUGUGACUAUUCAGUACCCAGCCGAUGAACCCAGAGAUUCAACAAAAGCCUCGCCCAGCAGACUACACCUCAAGACCAAACUGGAGAAGACACACAGUCCUCAGAGAAGGACCAGCAUGACACAGUCUUGGCCUCCGGCACAGUGGUGUCUCUCCAGGAACACACAGCCCAAGGAAGGCCAGCGCGUGUUAAGUCACCUGCCCCUGCACUCGCAGCCCCAUGUGAUGAUUCCCAGCCUCAGCCUCACCAUUCCCAUCGGUGGGAUCCAGAUGGUGCAGCCACGCUCCAAUAUACUGCUCCGAAGCGCAUCUCUGAACCACAGCGUGGCCCAGAUGACUGUCACUGUGCUGACGAAGGAGAAAGGGGCCGAUGGGAGUCCUCCAGGCGAAGUUUCUCAUCCCAGAAAUCAGCUGAUAGUGUUCACAGAGCCUGCGGUGGAGAUGAGCUCGAAGAGCGACGCUUCCUCCGAUGAAGGAGCGGUUCAAGCAGAGCUCGGUUCAAAAAAGAAGGAGGUCCCCAGUGUUCCCAUGACCACAUGGAAGAGUAUCUCUCAAAGAAACAACAGAAAGCAUCCUCGAAGUCCUAAGAAGGCUCAGCCAGUUGACGCUUCAAGAUCAUCCAUGGAUGCUAAGUGUUGAAGGAAAAGUUCAGCCAAAAAUGAAAAUGUUGUUAUGAUUUAUGCACACAUUUGUCAUUUCAAACCUGCGUGUUAGGCACAAUGAUUGGUUUUGCUCUUUCAACACAAUAGCUUUUGGUAUUGGCCAACAGUGUUGGCAAUAAAUGUGAGCUUGGGGCAAAAUGCAACCAAAAGGAACAAAAAUGCCCCCAAAUUCAAAAUAAGGGGGCAAAAACUGCCCCGAGUAAUAUCGGAGUAUAAAUACGGCCUUUUAUCACUUCUGUGGUUAGUCCUUUCAGCAUCCCUCCUUCUCCCCAUCUCCAUCUUUUAGUCAUAUUUACAGUAUUUAUUUAUCUUUCUGACUAUAGAGUGACUAUCAGAGCUAGAGCAGAAUAGUCUCUCUCAGCCCCCCAUUGCAGACAUCAAGCCAAAUCUGUUUACCACUAAUGCUAAGUUUAUAUUGGCACACAAACUCGUGAAACUAUAUAAUGGCUGUAAUGUAAAAAUGAAUGAAAAGUGAUGAUUUUGGCAUUACGUUUAGAUCUGCUCAUAUUACAUCCGAGUUCUUCUCAUCAGGUCUCAUCAGUGUUUAUUUUUUUGCAGAAUUGAGCAUCAUAACCAGUCACACAUUUCUGUUGAGCUUAUGAAUGCAAAGACCAGUCAGAGGCUUUUAGAUUGGUCACUGCUGAAAACACCAGUUUUGUUCACGACACAUUCACUGACUGAAUUGUGCUCUCUUGU